CUCACAGUCACACACUGUAAGACAUGAGAGAACUCACACAGGAGAGAAACCUUUCUCAUGUUCUAAAUGUGGGAAAGGGUUUAGCUGUAACUCAAGUUUAGUGAAACAUCAAAGGUUUCACACGGGAGAGAAACCUUUCUCAUGUUCUGAAUGUAGGAAAUGCUUUAGCGAUAAAUCAGCUCUAGUUAGACAUCAACGAACUCACACAGGAGAGAAACCUUUCUCAUGUGCUGAAUGUGGGAAAUGUUUUAGUGUUAAAGAAACUCUUGAUAGUCAUUGGAGAACUCACACAGGAGAGAAACCUUUCUCAUGUGCUGAAUGUGGGAAAUGUUUUAGCUAUAAUUCUUCUCUU